AAUAGUAUCACCCCCUUGAAACUCAACUGUGACGUCGGUGAACACAUCACACCUUAACUCUGCAUCCUCCCCUCUUUUUGAACCAACAAAACCAACCAACCUCAUAUACAUAUUUUCAUUCUUCCUCUUUUUCUGCAAAAGAAAAUCAGAAUCAGCAAAAAUACACAGCAGAAUCAGAGCCAUGAAUUCUUUUCAGUUGUAUGAUGAAACUAGACACAGAACACAGAAUAAAUGGGAUGCUAUUGCUACCAACUCAAUUUUGUGGCCUUCAAAACCAGCUCAAUUUGUAAGAGAUCCUUUGGACAUGGAUGUUAAUGAGUAUGGAAGGGCUCUUUCCCCUUCGUCGAGAACCGAAGCCAUUGUCAGAGGCCAGAGAGAGCUCAUGGAAAUGGUUCGGAACAUGCCCGAAUCAAACUAUGAGCUCUCUCUGAAGGAUCUCGUGGAGCAUCAACACUGGCGUGAUGCUCCACAAGAGAACUCAGAGGAAAAUGAGGAAGAAAAAAAAUUAAAAGUUUACAAGAAGCAAGGUAGUGCUAGAAAGGUUGAUAAGAUGGCACAUGUGAAGAGAACUGGGAGCAAUAUUGAUCGUGGAGGUUUCUACCUCAAAGUGGGGUUUCCUUUUUCUUUUGGAUCUAAGGACAAGAAGGACAAGAACAAGAACAACAAGAAGAAAAAUGAAUCAUCUGGAAAUAGCAGUUCAAAAGUUUCUCCUAAACCGUCGGCAAAGGGUGUUGUUGAUAAGGAGUGGUGGAAGAAGAGCCCUUCAGCUUGUAAGGGUAGUAAGGAUAGUGAGAGUGGUGAAUCGAAUAUCAAUAGUGAAAGCAUGAAAAGCUCUGGUAGUAGCAGUAGUAGCAAUAGCAACGGUAGCCGGAGAAGUAGCAGCAGGCGUGAGAAGCGUGGAGGUCGUUUUUGCUGGUAUUUCAUUCGCAGACCCAAAAGCCAGACAAAAAAAUAGAAGAUGAGCAAUUGAGCAUGUUUGGGUACAGACCAAAGAGCAUUUUUUGGACCUUAUUCAGUUCUUUUUCAAUUAGAUAAACUUCAAUAAAUGCUCUUUAAUCUGUUCCAAAUGGCCUUGAUGUCUCUGAUGAAACACAGAGCUUUGUGGUCUCUGUGUUUUCAUGAUACUUUGCGGGCAGGCCUUAUUUUCAUGAAUUGUAAAUUCCUCAAAAGACUAAGUUGCAACUCAUUUGGUAAACAAAUUGGUUUCAUUUGUAACAAAAGUUUACCCUGGAGUCAGAGAAAUAUGUGCGAGGAUCAAAUUUGUUCAAACACCAUUACCCUUCAUGUAAUUAAUGUAUAACUAAUGUUUAGACAUGAUGAGACAGAUCUAAACAAGCAUGUUAAGAGAAAAUUUAUUGAAGUCUUUAUUCUA